UCUAGCAAAAGCCACGUAUCCCAAAUCCCAAGAGUGAAAUUGGGCACUCAAGGCUUGGAGGUUUCUAGAUUAGGCUUUGGAUGUAUUGGGCUUUCUGGAAUGCUAAAUGCUCCUCUCUCCCAUGAAGCCCGAUGUGAAAUUAUAAAGGAGGCGUUCCACAAGGGCAUCACCUUCUUCGAUACAGCAGAUGUCUAUGGAGAUGACCAUGACAAUGAGAUUGUGGUCGGUAAGGCACUGAAGCAGCUUCCUCGAGAACAGAUUCAAGUAGCCACAAAAUUUGGCUUUUCAAUGUCUGAUGGGAAUCGUUUUGUGAUCAAGGGUACCCCUGACUAUGUGCGGCAAUGCUGUGAAGCAAGUCUUAAGUGGCUUGGCGUGGAUUAUAUUGAUCUUUACUUCCAGCAUCGCGUGGACUUGUCUGUGCCAAUAGAGGAUACUAUGGGGGAGCUGAAAAAGCUUGUCGAGGAGGGAAAAAUAAGAUACAUUGGGUUAUCAGAAGCCAGUGCAGACACAAUAAAGAGAGCAAACGUGGUUCAUCCUAUUACUGCUGUGCAAAUGGAGUAUUCCCCGUGGACUCGGGAAGUCAAAGAGGAUAUAAUCCCACUUUGUAGGGAGCUUGGAAUUGGGAUAGUGGCAUAUAGUCCCCUUGGUCAUGGGCUCUUUGGUGGGAAGGGAGUUGUGGAAAAUUUAUGCAAAGAAAGUGUUUUGGCUAUGAAUCCGAGGUUCAUGGGUGAGAAUUUAGAGAGAAACAAAGGUAUAUACAUUCGUGUUGCAGACCUGGCAGCAAAAUGUGGCUGCAGCCCUCCUCAGCUCGCUCUGGCAUGGCUUCUACAUCAAGGAAAUGAUGUAGUUCCCAUCCCUGGGACAACUAAAAUUAAUAAUCUCAAUGCCAACAUUGGAUCUCUGGAAGUGAAGCUUACACCAGGAGAUUUGAAAGAAAUUUCUGAUGCUAUUCCCAUGGACAAAGUGGCUGGAGAAAGGGUGCCCGAAGAAUUCUCUAAGUACUCUUAUAGGUCUGCCAAUACCCCAGUAAAAACAUAACUUGUAAGAACUCGUGUUACAUACAUGUUUUCAUUACUUAGGGUUGGUGUUUGGCACGGCAAUAAGGUUGUUCCAUGAUAGUAUGAACAUCACAGACUCGAGAAGAAAAUGGUGGUAGUGUGUAUGCUUGUAGUUUAUUUAAUGCACAGAGUUUGGUUAUUUGUGGUAGUGUGUAUGCUUAUAAGUUUAUUUA